AAUAGCGCCUCAGAGGGUAUAUAGACGUGCUGUCAGUUUUGCCCCCAUCAGACUCCAGAUCUGUGCAACGACUGAUUGGCAAACUACUUAUACUGGAAGAAGAAAUGAUCAAGACAAAGCUGUGGGUUAAGAAGGAGGAGUUAUUGAAGUGAAGAAAAGGAGCUGCUUCAGCAGGAACCUCAAAGGAUAAAGUCAACUGAAGACAAAAAGGACAAAGGAUACCGCUCUUCAUUGGAUUGUUCUGCUCAUUUGGAUUUCUUUCUUUUAGUCCUCCUGAUUUCAGAGAAAAGGAGGGGACAAAGCAGCAAUCCCUGCAAGGAUGAAGUACAACUACCACGUACCAUUGACGACAUACACGCGGAGCUCCCAGUACACACCGACGUACCACACACCAUCUUAUUACAGCUCUUCGCACUACACCCCAACGGCAUACACAUCUACGUAUGCUGCAGUGUCAAAGCACACCCCGACACAGUACGGCGCUUCGUAUCCCACCCCAUCCCAAUACACACCCUCCUACAAAGCUGCAUCCACGUACAGCCCUGCAUACAGCAAAGCUUUGCGUUGCACUUCAACUCAACGCAAACAGCCUCAGGAGCCCCCUGCACCUGUCAUACCCGUGGUACCCGCCAAGAGGACUGUGCACUUCCCCAAUGACAUCAUCUUCCAGGAUAUUGUUAGAAGAGGAGAUUUGGAGCAAAUUGGGCGCUUCAUGAGAGCGAGGAAAGUGCGUGUGGACACACUUUUUCAUUCGGGUAUGGCGGCGUUGCACGAGGCUGUGCUGACAGGUAACCUGGAGGUGGUGAAGCUGCUGGUGAAAUACGGUGCUGACGUCCAUCAAAGGGAUGAGGACGGGUGGACACCACUACACAUGGCCUGCAGUGACGGCUACCCUGAGAUUGCCAAGUAUCUCCUGGCAAUGGGAGCAAGCACAGAAGCUGAGAAUGAGAGUGGAGAGAAGCCUGCAGACCUCAUUGAUCCUGACUGCAAAGACUUGGCCAAACUAUUUGAGACUGGCUGUGUGUGAUCGACCAUCAAACAAAUGCAAAGGCAACCCCCCCAACCUAUUGGACACAGAAGGUGCUGCUUUAAGGAGACGGAAUAAGCCAAACCAAUCAGACUGAUAUCUUGUUUGAUAACUUGACUGAUGUUGGGACACAAUUUUUGUUAAUAUCUUUCAAAAGUGAUCCUAUUUCUUUUGUAAGAAACCUUUUGAGGAAACAGAUUUAAAGCCAAUUUUUAUCAAAUUAUUAAUUUUUAUUUACUUAUUUUAUUAUGUGCAUUCACGUUUUCAUUUAAAUUUUCAUCUUCGGGACAAUUCUGAUAUUUUUUUAUAAGCGUAUCGGUGAAGGAAUUCCAUCCGUUGUUUUUGUGUUAAGCAGUGACUGUUCAUGUAGCCGGUUGCACUCUGUAAAAUGUUUGCUUCCAAACUAUGAAUACAUUCUGAAUUGUGUUUUAUACAGUUGUUUGCAUCCUUGCUGCUGGGCAGAAGGAGACUCUUACAGAUCCGUUGGAAAGAUAAAAAUAUACAUUAUUGACAUCUAAACUAAACAAAAGCAAGUUUAUUUAGUUUGGGCAUCUCUGCCUCUGCAGCUGUUUUGCUUAUGUAAUAUGUUGUUUGCUGUAAUAAGUGUACAAAUGUGUAAAAAUCAAAGUCUUAUCAAUGCUUGUGCAGUUUUGUAGAUUUUCAUGAAUAAAGUUGCUUUUAUAAAUAAA